GAAAUGUAGAUUUUUUUAAGGCUUACCUUAACAUCAGCAUGGCAGAAGGCGGAACUAGUGAAAGUGAAAGUAUGCAACAUAAUUUGGAGGCAGAGAAAGAUGAAAUAUCUGGACUACUAAAACGCGAACUGAAACAUGGUGAUAUAUGGUAUCUUAUAGAUGCAAAAUGGUUUAAACAGUGGAAAAAGUAUGUAGGCUUUGAUCAGUGGGACAUGAGUAAUGUUGGAGAGCAGGAUGCCUAUCCAGGGCCAGUUGACAAUUCACCUCUAAUAAGAGAAGACACACAAGAAUUAAAAGACCAUUUAAUUGAUGAACUUGAUUAUAUUUUACUACCUAAAGAAGGCUGGGAGAAAAUCAUCCAGUGGUAUGGACUAACUCAGGGCCAGGUUCCAGUUGCAAGGAAAGUUAUUGAACAAGGAAUGUUUGUCAAGCACUGUAAAGUAGAAGUUUAUCUUAUGGAUCUGAAGCUUUGUGAAAAUUCAAAUAUAGCAGACAGUUAUUCCAUGAGUUUCAGUAGAUGUGACACUGUAGGUGAUGUUGAAAAAGUGAUUAAAAAAAAAUUCAAUAUAUCAGAAAAUAAAGAAGUUCGACUAUGGAACAAAUAUAUGAGUAAUACUUAUGAACAUCUCAAUAAAGAAGAACAGACUCUACAGGAAGCUGGACUGUACGCUGGACAAGUUAUUGUCAUAGAGCAAAAAAAUGAUGAUGGUUCAUGGCCAAGACAGACCAAAAGAACAGAAACAGAUAGCAGUCAUAACAAAACCUCAUUCAACAGCUAUUCUAUCAAUGAACAAGAUUCUGGAAGAGGAACUGUCGCUCCUGGACUAUGUGGUUUGGCAAAUUUGGGAAAUACAUGUUUCAUGAACUCUGCAAUACAGUGUAUGUCGAAUGUUCCAAAGCUGACAAAUUAUCUACUUGGAGACAGAUGGAAGGAUGAAAUUAAUGAAGAAAAUCCUUUAGGAAUGGGAGGUGAAAUUGCAAGGUCUUAUGCUGAUUUAAUUAAGACAAUGUGGUCUGGAAAAUACAGCUAUACAGUACCAAGGAACUUCAAAAUACAAGUCGGAAAAUUUGCUCCCCAGUUUUCAGGAUACCAGCAACAAGAUUCCCAGGAACUACUUGCAUUUCUGCUUGAUGGAUUACAUGAAGAUUUAAAUAGAAUUAAGAAAAAACCAUACAUUGAAUGCCAGGAUACAGACAGCCGCUCUGAUGAAGAAGCAGCCAUUGAAUCCUGGAAUAAUUACAAGAAGAGAAAUGAUUCGGUAAUAGUGGACACAUUUCAUGGGUUGUUAAAAUCAACAGUACAUUGCCCAGAGUGUUCCAAAAUAUCUGUUACAUUUGAUCCUUUUUGUUAUUUAUCAUUGCCAAUGCCAAUAAAAAAGGAGAGAGUACUUGAAGUGUUUUGGAUACCUCUUAUGCCAGACCGAAAACCCAUACAGUUGAAAGUAUUGGUUCCUAAAAUGGCUAUCAUCAGUGACUUGUGUGCAGCAGUGGGUGAAAUGAUGUCAUCUGAUCCUUGUAAGAUGGUGGUUACAGAUGUAUACAAUCAUAGAUUUCACAAAAUCUUCUCUCCGGGAGAUGCCCUUUCACACAUCUUGGAUAGAGAUGAUAUUUUUAUAUAUGAAGUGCCAGUAUCUCCUACUGAUAGUUCUGAUACUAUGCUAGUUCCAGUCUACAUGAGAGAAAAUCGAUGCAAAAAUAAUUGCUCAUCAAAUUAUCAAACACCAUCUUGGCAGUUGUUUGGUCAGCCAUUAUUCUUGGCUCUGCCAAGUAGAACGUGUACUGCUGAAGAUUUGUAUAAUGGGUUCCUUCAAAGAGUGUCUCGUUAUGUACAAAUUCCAUCAAAGGAUGAGUUGUGGAAUGCUGAUGAUUUUAAAGACCUUGAAAAGGAUGAAAGAAGAACUGAUGAUAAAAGUGACAAUGAGGAGGAAUCUGAAAAAAACGAAAAUGGAGAAAUGGAAGUUUCAACAUCAAUAUCCUGCCCACUGUCAUCAAGCACGGAUUUGAACUCGGAAUGUAGCAGUGUGUCUACUAAAGAAAUGGGAAAUAAUGGUCAAUUCAAUAAUCAGUCAGAACGUUUGGUAAAGUUUACAAUGGUUAACUCUUACGGCAGUGCAGAACUUGACUAUAAAAUCAAAGAUGAUGGAAAUCCUCUAAAAAUUAGUGGUAAGUCAUACAUAGCAGCUGACUGGGAAUCAGUAGCCAAGAAAAAAUUUUAUUUGGAAAAGAAAGCAGAAGAAUUUGAACAACAUAUAUCAAUGACUAUGAGGUCACAAAAGAAACAAGUUAUACAAUUAGAUAACUGUUUGGAUCUCUUUACAAAGGUGGAACAGCUUGGAGAAAAUGAUUUAUGGUAUUGUCCACAAUGCAAAAAACACCAGCCUGCCACUAAAAAGUUUGAUUUGUGGAAUCUGCCAGAAAUAUUGAUUGUUCAUUUGAAGAGAUUUUCAUACAAUCGGUUUUACAGAGAUAAAAUUGAUGCACUUGUGGAAUUUCCUGUCAGAGGACUUAAUCUGAGGAAAUACAUAAUAAACCCUUACCACGGACCUGUAACAUAUGAUCUGAUAGCUGUUAGUAACCACUAUGGAGGUCUUGGUGGAGGACAUUAUACUGCUUAUGCAGAGAACAAAGAUGAUGGAGAGUGGUAUUAUUUUGAUGAUUCUAGUGUCUCAUCAUCAUCAGAGGAUGAUGUGGUUUCAAAAGCUGCAUAUGUCCUUGUGUAUCAAAGACAGACAUUAGCCCAAUCAUCUGAUGAACAUUUAGUAAAAAAUGAAGCUAUGGAGACAGAAUAUACAUGCUAGAAAAAGUUCUCAUUGGAGCCAGUGGAGCUCAAGCAAUUUGCAGAAAUGCAGAUAAACAAGCUCAAAAGGGUAUACAGGUUUACUCUGGGUGUAUUCCCUGAAAUUAAAUUGUCAGUUGAAUGUACCAAUUCAAUAGCAGAUAUCAUUAUAAGCUGUAAAGUUGCAAUUGAGGACUUUGCUUCUUUGGUUCUCCAUAUCACUUAAUUAAAUUUUGUCAGAUUAUGUGAACCUUUAAAAAUUAUUUCAUACUUGCUUAAACUUUAUAAUUGCAUGGUUGAUACAGACACAGCUCUUGAACAUUAAGUACAAAAUAAAGUAUGUUAUUGCU